AUUCUCUAGGAUCUCUCUCUCCCUCUUUCUCUAUCUCACUGAAGAGAACAGAAUCCAGAGCCGUCAUGUCGUCCAGUUUCUCAGUGCGGAGCUUCUCUGUGGGCCGUCAGCCCUCUUUCUCAAGCCUGUCUCUGAGAGACAGCGGCCGUGCCCGCUCCAGAGCUGCCGUGUCCUUUGCCGCCAGCCCCCUGACCCGCUCCGCCUCCGUCAGCCAUGACCUGAACGGAGUUCCAGUCACCCUGAACCUCAAUGGGCAGCUGGGCAACCACACCAACGAGAAGGAGGCCAUGCAGGGCCUCAACAACCGCCUGGCCACUUACCUGGACAAGGUGCGCUCCCUGGAGACGGCCAACGCAGACCUGGAGCUGAGGAUCAAGCAGAUAAUGAUUGAGCGCAUCCCUAAAGGUCACGACUUCGAAACCAUGAUUAUCCAGGCCCACCAGGUGGAACAGGAGGUGAGGAAGAAGACACUGGAGAACGCUCGCCUCAUGCUGGAGAUUGACAAUGCUAAACUGGCUGCUGACGACUUCAGGAUCAAGUGGGAGACAGAGUUGUGCAUGUCCCAGUCUGUGGAGAGGGACUGUUUGGCCCUGAAGAAGGCCAAGGUGGACCAUGAUCAGAUCAUUGGGUCCCUGAAAGGAGACCUGGACAGCCUGAAGGAAGAGCUCUACUUCCUGAAGAAGAACCAUGAGGAGGAGGUGGAGUCUAUGAAGGGCCAUAUUGCUGCUCAGACUGUGAACGUGGAGGUGGACACAGGCCGUGGUGGACCAGAACUGGGCACAGUAAUGUCAGAGCUCAGAACUCAGUACGAGGGCAUCAUCAAGAAGAACAAGGACCAGGCUGAGCAGUGGUACCUCAAGAAGCUGGAGAUGGUGCAGAACGAGGUAAAGGAGUCUAACGAGGCUCUCAGGGGGGCUCAGAGUGAGUUGGUGGAGAGACAACGCUUCCUACAGAACCUGGAGGUGGAGCUGGAGAGUCUGCACAAACAGGUGUCAGCUCUGAAGGGUAACCUGGGAGAGACAGGUCAGAAAUACAGCCUGGAGAUGGAGCGUCUGCAGACCACGCUGUCCCAGCUGGAGGAGGACCUGUCUCAGCUGCGUCUGGACAUGCAGCGCAACAAGACGGACUAUGAACAGCUGCUCCGCAUCAAGCAGAACUUAGAGAUAGAGAUCGCCACCUACAGGAGACUGCUGGAGGGAGAGGAGACGAUUAAAGAAGUACCAUCACCAAAAAAGGAGCCGGAUGUGCGGACCAGGAAGAUAGUGAAGGUGGUGACUCAGACUAUGAUCAACGGCAAGGUGGUGGAUGAGUCCAGCGAGGUGGAGCAGAUACAGGAGGAGGUGAAGAAGAAGAAGAAGUGAGAGGGGCCUCAUCAUCAUCAUCAUCAUCAUCAUCAUCUUCAUAUAGCCUCAUUAUUGUUAUUUUAUUGUGUUCUUUUUUAAAUGUAUUUUUACUUUAUUUAGUAAACAUUUUCUUAACUAUAUUUUCUUAAAACUGCAUUGUUGGUUAAGGGCUUGUAAGUAAGCAUUUCACAGUAAGGUCUACACCUGUGUGACAAAUAACAUUUGACUUGAUUUGAUAAUUUCUUCUCACACAUCGUGGUCAAGGGCCAGCCUUACCCACUGACCUUCAGGGGCCAGCCUUACCCACUGACCCUCAGGGGCCAGCCUUACCCACUGACCCUCAGGGGCCAGCCUUACCCACUGACCCUCAGAGGCCUCCACUAACAUGGAUGUCUGUUUCAUUCCCAUCAGAGUGUUGGUCUUCCUUGUUCCUUUCACAGCCUCAUGGAUAAGUCUGGGGACACUAUGAGCUAUAUAGUAUAUAAUAUGCAUACAAUAAUAUAAUAAUACAAUAAUAUGAGAUGUACGGAAAGUCAAUGAGAUGUCUCAUACGGCAUCCGUCCCUCAGUUGUCAGAUUACUAACAUGGAUGUUGUUUAAUAAAAGGUUUCGCUUUGUGUAUUAAACUAUUUAUAUCUAUAUUUAGGUAACAAGCAAUAGACACAGUAAAUCUCUUUCAACUGAACUGCAUUUUUUGGGAUGGGUUUUCAACAUGCUUUUGUGUCUGUAUCUAUAAACUUCUGUAAUGUCUGAAAUAAAAGUUUGUCUUUUAGUCAAA